ACUGGAAAAUCAGCUGCACCGGGUCAGUGUUAUGCAAAUGGAAGCUGAUACGGUGCGAAAAAAGUACCAAGCAGUUAAAGCAAGUUUCAAAUCGGACGCAUGCCUUUACUCUUGUUGCCUCGAUGAACUCGAAAAGAGCAUACGAGAACAAGACAAUGAAAUUGAACGUCUUCAGAAAGUUAAAAUGGAAGCCAUCGAGUUAAGAGAAACAACUAAGGAAACUCUGACAAAGCAAGAAUUAGAAGCUUUUCAGAAGAGCAAAGAACGAGAAAGUAUAAUACAAGAAUACAGAACGCGAGUUGAAGAUCGUAAGAUUGAGCUCGAACAUCUAGAACGACUGAUAUUCCCCGCAGCACAGCGGCAAAUUGUUCGGGGCGAUGAUUUGGAUACAGGAAGAAAAUCUCCUGCACUGGGUUCAGCAAGGGGUACUGGAACAGCUCCACCUCAAAGCGAGAUCGACCGUCUCGAAGAGAUAUUCGUAAAGUUGCGCAAUGCUACUGGAGUUUCUCAGACUUCACAGGUGCUGGACCGUUUCCUAGCUCAGCGAGCUACCCGAGAAAAGUUAAAACGAAUGCAGACCUCUACCGAGGCGGAAAAGGUUCAGUUGGAAAAACACAGGCAGCAACUCACCGCUGAAAUUGAGAUGUUAAAGUUCGCCGAAACCAAAGAUGCGGAUCAGUUAGUUUACAUGAUGAUUCAAUUACCCAGUUUAAAGAACCGUAAGAAGGUAAUCUUUUUCGUCAUUUUUUUCAGAAAUGCAGAUAAAUUGGAAAAUUUGAAUAAAAAAAUAGAAAAUCAGAAAAAACGGGAAAAAAACGCGAUGGAUAAGCAAAACGAAUAUCAAUACCUACUUGAAGGAGUUCGAACAAAAUUAAUACUGCUGUGUGAUAAACUGCAACAUGAAAAUGAAAUUGAAAAAAGAAAUGAAUUACCCAAAACUCCUAUGGAAGCGCUCGAUCUGUUGAACAAUAAAAUUAAUAAAUUCAUAGAGAAACUGGGAGGAUCAGAAAAGUAUAACGAACUAGUUGACCAAUUAUUAAAUGAUAAUAAAGCAGAAGCGAUGUCUUUGGAAACCACAUCAGAACUUACGAAACAUACAAGUAAUGAGGAGCAACCGUUAUUUACACUAUUUUCAUCAGUCAGUACUCCUGCUGCUCAUCAGGUGCAGAUCUCCGAGGAUGAGGAAGAUGUACCGUCAAGAGGGCUUCUUAAACGACAAGCACAGCUUUUGGUCGAUGCCAAAAGCCGACGAAAAAAUUUUGCUUUUAAACGAUAAAUCAAUCAUUUUUUUUCAAUUA